GUGCGUCAUGAUUGCACACUUGCGAUCAUAUUGGUUUGAGAGCAAGAAAAAUGAAACACGCGAUUUUAUUUUGUCUCUUGGCAUUUUUUGCUGAAAAAUCGCAGGGGGUCUGUGAGAUUCCAUUUGUGGAGAAUCUUUACUCUAAUAAUUUCGGUAGUGAAAGGCUUGCAAUCAGCGACUAUCCUUAUCAAGUGUCGAUACAUUAUAGUUUCUACGGACACAUAUGCGGAGGAGCGAUUCUCUCUGAAAGAUGGAUCGUGACCUCCGCGCGAUGCGUUUGGCAAAAAUCUGUCGAAGAGUUCGUCAUAAUGGCUGGCUCAGUGGCAUUAGAUGAUACAAGCAGUCGAACCCUUGCAUGGCCGGAAAGGAUAGAAAUUCAUCCCGAGUAUGACGGCUCGAGACUUCCUGAGAAGGAUAUUGCUCUAUUAAAGUUGAAUGCAAGUUUGCCAUUCAGUGACAGCAUCAACGCAAUAGCAAUUCCUGAGCAGGAUUCGUUGCUAGGAACGGGUGUCCCGUGCAAAAUGGCUGGUUGGGGUGCCGAGGAGCACAAUGGGGACAUUCCUCUCGACCUGAGACUACUCAGAUUCGUCACUCUUGACUUUGAGACGUGCCAAAAUGUGAGCAGCGUGUUAUUCAGUCUGCCAGAAGAAACCAUGUGUGCCAUAGCAACAGAUUUGACGGGAGAUGCAGUUCCUUGCAGUGGUGAGUGGGGCAGUCCUCUUACACGGGCCACUGGCGGUGGGCAGCAGUUGAUUGGCCUCGCCUCUCGUGAUCCAAUCUCCUGUGCAUUUGAUCACGUAAUGGUUAGAAAUUGUUCGCUCUCUCUUCUCAGCAUGUUUACCAGAGUCAGCAACUUUUCUGACUGGAUCGAAACGACAAUAAAUGAGCCUGCAACCUUGUUGGCUUGAUUUAAA